AUGACGAAGGCACCUACUACUGUGCCUGCUGGUCAUACCACAGAAGUAGCAGACCACAGUGAGCCCGAACAAAAAGCUGCCUAUGGACAAGAACAAGGGCUUCUGAUACAGAAUCAAGAUUCUCUUACCAGAAAGCAAUCUACAACUGCACGGAUUGAGUGUAUAGUUGAGGGCUUACAUUUCUACCUGUACUUUUAUAUACAUUGGUACCAGCAAUUACCUUCCAAACCUCCCAAACGGAUCCUGUACAUUAUAUCAGAUCAAAUUUCUUAUGAUGAUGAUUCCCUCAGGUAUAAAUAUUCUUCUGAGAAGCAAGGUACCAAUGUCUACAUUUUAUCAGUCAAGAAUGUCAACUCCAACGACGAGGGUACCUACUACUGUGCCUGCUGGUCAUACCAGGGAUCUACGGCAGACACACUUGUUGCUUCAACCCUCACCAGCAGCAUGCUGCUUCUUCAAAGCCUGCUUGCAAUUUCACUUUGGCCCCGUGGAGAUGCACAGGCAGCACCACAGCAGAGCCCAAAUCUUCUUAGGAAGGUACAGGGCAACUCUGCCAGUAUGGCCUGUAAAAUAGGCAAAGAACAUAUCCUGCACUGGUACAGGCAGCUCCCUGGAGAACCACCAAAGAGGAUACUCUACUUCUUGAGGAAAACAUUUUUUGAUGACAAUCAAUAUAAAGCAAAAUUUCAGAUUCUGAAACAUCCAUCUGAGCCUCGUUACCGUCUCACGAUAAAUCAUUUAACCCCUCAGGACUCUGGCACUUACUUCUGUGGAGACACGCAGGCAGCACCAGAACAGACUCCAGCGUUUCUUACACAGGCGCCAGGCAGCUCUGCCAGCCUGACCUGUCAAAUAAGUGAGGACGCUGUCCUGCACUGGUACAGGCAGCUCCCUGGAGAGCCACUGAAGAGGAUACUCUACUUCUGGAGACAGAAUACAGUUAUCGAUGACAGUAGAGAUGAAGGGAAAUUUCAAGCAAACAUGCUCCUGCUGACAGCGCUCAUGGCCACAGCCUCUUGGUCAUAUGGGAUUGCACAAGAAAUUCCUGUGCAGAGCCCCAUAUCCAUCACCAAGUUCCGAAAAAGCGCACGGAUGACAUGUGAAUUUCCAACAGCGUCAAGCUUAGAUGGCUCCGUCAUACACUGGUAUCAACAGAAGGAGGGUAAAGCUCCAGUGCGGCUACUGUACUUUGCAGAUGGAACAGCUUCAGUUGAAAGUGUCUUUCGAGCAGAGAGGUACAUGGUUGAAAAUGUUCCUGGACGGAGCAGGUGUGUUCUGACAAUAAGCAAUGUAGUUCCAGAUGACACUGCUACAUACUACUGUGCCUACUGGGACCCUCAGAGGGCUUACCACAAGGUGUUUGGCUCUGGUACAAAGCUCAUUGUGUCAGACAAACUAAGUUCUGCACCCGCAAACUCUGAAAUCCUGCAGCAGAAACAUGACAAUCAGAUAACAUAUGUUUGCCUUAUUGAGAAAUUCUACCCAGAAGUUAUUCGGGUGAAAUGGACCGAUGGAGAAAACAAGGAGGUAACAGACAACAUGGUAAAAGGAGACACUUGGAAGCUCACAAAAGAGGAUAAAUACUCAAUCAGCAGCUGGUUAACUGUGCCAGCAGAGAACAAAGACAAGAACUACUACUGCAAAUACGAGCAUGAAAGUCAGCAGCGUUCACUGCCUACACAAGUGCGUUCUAGAGAAAUUGUCUCUCAGGAAGAUGACUGCAUCACAUAUCCUGGAAACAGCACAGUUUUUAAUGGAGAUCACUUAAUGCACAGGGCAGCAUUUUUAGUGUACGUCGUCCUUCUUCUGAAGAGCUCCAUGUACUAUCUCAUUGUACUCUUCUUCACCUACAGAAUGUGGGCUGCAACCAAGCACCAAGGAAAGAAAGCAUAAAUGACAGUUUAGACUUACAAAAUGAUUUUCAGUUUGCU